ACUGCUGUUUGCCUCUUCUUGGAUUCCAGAGCGUGCUUUAUUCCUCAGCAGCCUUUCUGCAGACUGGUGGAUUUGAUCACAGUUGGAAAUUGUGAAACUGUGGUUUGUUUCAGAAAGAGAAGAAAGGAGAAUUUAAGUACAGCUUUAGCAGCAGAUGGCUCUGCUUUGGAAUCUUUUAUACACAAAGGAGAUGUGUUUGCUGGCUUUGUAAUCAACUCAAAGAGGGAAAAGAAAUGUUGUUAACGACAGUGUGGAUAUGACUUGAAUUUUUCAUCAGGGCUCACAAAGCUGUGGUAUUUACUACUAGGGAUGACAACUGACCUUUCAGCAAGUUUUCCAAUAAUUCCCACAUCAAGAAGGAAUUAUGGUUGGAAACAAAGUCCUUUUCUGGCUAGAAAGCUGAACUCAUCAGUGCAGUAAGUAAUUACAUCAGACUUGCUUUAAACUUCAAGGACACCAAAUACAAAGAUUUAAUCACAGCAAUUGCCACCUUGUGAAGCUCCAAGAAAAACUUCUUCUAAGUACUAAAGGGAUGGACAUACUCACAGAUGCAAAACCUUCCUAGCUAGGUUUUGCCCAUAGCCUGGGAAAUGCUUCACAAUGGAUAAAGCCAUUCAGCAUCCUACAGAGAUUUUAUCUAAUCAAACUAUCCCAAACAGCAGCUAUUCUCAGUUUUUGAACUUUGAUACAUGCCAACCUUCCUUCCCUGCAGUAUUCUUGCUUAUCACAGCCUACAUAUUAGUUACAACAGUGGGGCUUUUUGGAAACCUUUGCCUGAUUGUUAUAAUAAAGAGACAGAAAGAAGCUCAAAAUGUUACAAACAUUUUGAUUGCCAACCUCUCCUUAUCGGAUGUGUUGAUCUGUAUCAUGUGUAUUCCUGUCACGGCUGCAUACACUUUAAUGGAUUACUGGAUAUUUGGGGAAGCUAUGUGUAAAAUAAGCUCUUUCAUACAAAGUAUGUCUGUCACAGUCUCCGUUUUCUCUCUCGUACUGAUUGCUAUUGAGAGACACCAGUUAAUUGUAAAUCCUCGUGGCUGGAAGCCUAAUACCUCACAUGCUUACUGGGGAAUUGUUCUCAUUUGGGUUUUUUCCCUCAUGAUAUCCAUUCCUUUCUUAAUAUUUCACCAAUUAACUGAUGAACCAUUCAAGCACCUGUCCUUCCACAGCGAUUUCUAUAAGAACAAAGCUGCGUGCAUCGAGGCCUGGCCUUCCGUUACAGAACGGCUGAUUUUCACCACGAGUCUGCUGCUUUUCCAGUACUGCUUCCCACUGGGGUUUAUUCUUAUCUGCUAUCUCAAGAUAUUCCUCUGCCUCCGGCGGAGACAUAGUAAAAUAGAUAGGAUGAGAGAGAACGAGAGCAGGUUGAGUGAAAACAAAAGGAUUAAUCUGAUGUUGAUAUCAAUUGUUGUGACCUUUGCAGCUUGCUGGUUGCCUCUCAAUAUAUUCAAUGUUGUUUUUGACUGGAACCACGAGGCACUGAUGAGCUGUAAUCAUAACCUAGCAUUUACACUGUGCCACCUCGUGGCCAUGAUCUCAACAUGUAUCAAUCCCAUCUUUUAUGGAUUUCUCAACAAGAAUUUCCAGAAGGAUUUGAUAGGGCUAGUUCUUCACUGCAGAUGUUCAGCAUCACAAGAGGAGUAUGAAAACAUUGCCCUUUCAAACCUGCAAACUGAUGUAUCUAAGGGAUCUCUGAAAUUAAAUAACCACCCUCCUGUGAAUGUCUAAAAUAACUCAGAAGCAUCAUCUACAAUUCUGUAUCUUGCUGCAGACGACCUUUUUCUGUAACUCUGCAUCGUGGUACCUCACCUAACUGAAGUUAGAGGUGGUCUUUGCUAUUUAAUUCAGCACAAACCGAACCAUGUUCCCAAAGGUAUACUGCUAACAAGUACUUUAUAACGGUAUUAAUGCUAAUAAACCAUUUCCAAGAGUCUUAAAGAACAAUAACAAUGAAUAUCAACAGUAUUAACACCUUAUUUUUUAAUCCACAAUUUCCAGGUCACUGUAAAAGUAUUUCCAUUGCUGCAGCUGUCCUUCCUACACACCUGGCUUCACCCAAGUAAACCGUGAAUGCUGAGGUCUCCCCAACUUCAUCAGGCCUUUUACAAACUGAUUUUUGUCUUUUUUCCAGCCCUGCACCAUUCCCAUCUUCACUACAUGGUUACUUUGCACAACAAUUUAUAAGUAGUUUAUACUGUGAGGAAGGCUCCUCAACUUACCCUCAGCCUUCACUAGCACCUUCCUUUCAGCCCCAGCAUGGAGUUUGCUUUGCUUUAAUACCGGUUCAUUCCACAAACUGUACCUUAACAUGAGAAAAUGUUAGAGUUGGUUUUUUUUUUUUUUGCUUCCCUGUAUUUUAAAUGAGCACUACGACAAGCUCCAUUUGCUGUACUGCAAAUUUGCAUCAGACCUCUGAUGAUCAAGACAAAAUAUAUAUUUAGUGUUUCUCCUAAAAGCAUUGCAUUCUCCUCAAAACCACCAGUACAGAUCAUUGCUUUCUCUGUUACCAUCAUCGCUGGCCUCUAAAACUGACCUUUUAGAAUCUCCAUUAUGAAACAGACAUGCUAUGAAUUCAAAGUAAAUUGUUUCUGCUACUUAUCCAGAUUAUGGGUUUCUCUUUUAAUAGAAAAAUAGUUUUAUGCUUUAAUUUCCAAAAUAUCUUUCCCAUAUCUCUGCAAUAGCAAGAGGUCACACCUGAGGCAUUUGCAGUUGUUUCUGUUUGACUGUGUCUGAAAAGAGCUUAUAGAAUCAUAGAAUCCUUAGAGUUGGAAGGAUUGGAAGCUUCUUCUGUUCUGCAAUGUACGGAAGCCUGAAGAUGUAAUAUUGAACGCAGCUUCUCUCAAAUUAAAACAUAAUAAAAAUCAUUCUCCAUUGUGGUCAUA